AUGAUGCGGAAGAUUCUAUUAAUGCUGUGUUCCUCAGCUAUAGUCAGUGCUGGUGUCAUUGGAUCUGAAUAUUCUCCUCAAACCUCAAUUUCCUACGCAACUGUUCCUACUAACGCUGAUGCAAAAACAAUUGCAACUCCUAUUGGCUAUACCAAAAUUGUUCAAUCACCACAAGUAUACCAUACAAUAUUAACUACUAAAGAAAGAAACUAUGAAAGCCCAGAUGGCUCACAACACACGACAACAUACACCAAAACUUUGGACACGAAUUAUUCAAGCUUGAAGAACUAUGACUCCAAAUCAUCCAAGGAUAGUGAUGUUGUAGCGAAUACAAUACCUGGUAUAUACUCAACUGCAGUUCACUCUCCCAUUGUCUAUCACCAAGGAACUGCCUACACUCUUUCGUCUCCCGUAGUUCAUACGAUCCAAGAUUCUUCAUCAACGAAAUCAGUAGCGGUACCUGUAUACACCACUCAUAAUGUACCUUUAUCUAAAACUAUUGUUACUCCUGUGACGUCAUAUACAAGUCCUGUUUUUGAAAAGAGUAAUUAUGUAGCUACAGGCUUGUCUUCUUAUUCUUCUCAGUCACCUGAAGUUGAGUCUAGACCAAUUAAGACAACUGUUACGUACUCUGAGGCCCCUCUAGUUUCCCAUAUGUCGUUCACUGGCCUAGGAGCUAGUUACGCAUGGUAAAUAAUUUAAAUUGUUCCUUCUCAUGGUAUGCGCGACUGACUGCUUGAUUAAGUUUAAUUUAUGUUAUAAAUGUUAUGUUUAGGUAAGUCUAAAAUUGUAUCU